AUGAAGUUCCUUCUUCCCAUUCUUCUCGCUGCUCCCGCCGUUAUGGGCCGGGCUUGCAGGGCCCCCCAACCUGCCCAUACCCAGGGCUCAUCAGCUCCCGAAAACACCGCUGUCGUGAGCGAGCCAGUCAUCUCUGAGGCUCCCAAUUAUGGUUACCAGAAGCCUUCUUCCGUCAUCUCUCAUGCUGCGCCUCUGUAUACCACUCUAGCUGUCCAGGCUGCUCCCAAGAAGGUCGUCAAGGGCACUUCCAAGCCCAAGGCUGCUUCUAAGCCCAAGACCGUGUCUAAGCCCAAGCCCAGCAACUCCGGCUCAAGCUCAAGCUCAAGCUCCAGCUCCAGCUCCAAGCCUCUUGGCAACGGUGCCUCCGUCUCGGGCUCUUCCACCUUCUACGGUGGUAACCUCUCGGGCGGAAACUGCAUGUUCUCAACCUACACCCUCCCCGCCGGCAUUCUCGGAACUGCCUUCUCUGGCCAGAAGUGGGACAACAGCGCCAGCUGCGGUGCCUGUAUCGAGGUCACCGGUCCAUCCGGAACUGUCAAGGCCAUGAUCGUUGACAAGUGCCCCGAAUGUGACGCUGGCCACCUCGAUCUCUUCCCCGAUGCCUUCAAGGCAGUUGGCGGCACCGACGGUAUCGUCAAGACCUCUUACAAGUUCGUCGAGUGCGGCAUCACCACCCCUCUUGUCCUGCACAACAAGGAGGGCACCUCCGCCAACUGGUUCUCCAUCCAGGUCGUCAACGCCAACGAGCCCGUCAAGAGCGUCGAGGUUUCCACCGACGGUGGCAGCACCUGGAAGACGACUGAGCGCAAGGACUACAACUUCUUCGAGAACCCCGCUGGUUUCGGCACCACCUCUGUUGAUGUCAAGGUCACCAGCAGCACUGGAAAGACCGUGGUUGUCAACAAGGUCGGCGUUACCGCUGGCGCUCAGUACAAGGCCAAGACCAACUUCUAA